AUGGGUGACAUUCCAUUUAACUGUCCAUCAGAUUAUCCAUAUACAUCUAGCAUGAUAUUAGCAGGAUGCAAAGUUCGAGAAGCAAAUUUGAUCUGUAUGUGGUUAUACUUUGCAACAUUAAUAAUUAUAAUACCUCUUUUUUGGUCAUGGCGUAAUGCAUCUAAAUCGAGUCCGAGACCCGAGGAUUCAGAACGAGAAACAUUCGGUUUUCUUCGUUUUUUUGAUAAACUGAUCCCAAGAAGACAACCACCUGGAUCGGGAGAUGAUUCGAAGAAUGCGUAUAUAGAACCAGAAGUACUUUUUGAGGCACCUUAA